UGUGUGCACAGAGUGCUGCUGUUCAAAAGUAUGAGUGUGUGAGUGUGUGUGUAGCUUCUGCAAGUGUGUGUGUGCCACCACACACCUACCGAGGGCCAAUCUCUGGACACACACAUGGACACAGGACUAUACACUCGCCAUGGGCUCCAGACUAAGAGAGAAUCCUGACAGACCCUUCAACUGGUUCCUGCAGGUGUCCUGCCCCAUCGCCAGGGACACGGAUCCAGAGGUGUUGUUCCAGUUCCCAGAGGACUACAGCGAUGAGGACUCUCUGCAUGCACUCCCAAGGUUCUGCUUCCCUUAUGACAUAGCAGGCCGGAGAGAGGGAGGUGUGGUUCAGCACUUCACGUUUGUGCUGACUGACCUGGAGGGCUGCCAACGCUUCGGUUUCUGUCGUCUCACCAACAGCUCUCAGACCUGCCUCUGUGUGCUCAGCUACCUCCCCUGGUUUGAAGUCUUCUACAAACUGCUCAACAAUCUGGCAGAUUAUCUGACCAAGGGACAGACCAAUGAGAUGCGAGAGCUGCUGACCGCCCUCUACAACCAACCGAUGCCAUUGGCUGUAGGAUCUAUCACUCUUCAGAUGGGAGAACAGCUAUUGGUCAGAACAGAUGGGCCCGGCCCACUUGGAAACUCCCCACAUCCAAUGGGGGAGGGGCAGGAAGGGAUCCCCUACUUCAUUGCUCCGGAUCCUAGUCUGCCCUCCAUCCCAGAGAGUAGGAACCUGACAGAGCUGGUGUUAGCUGUGGACGUAGGGAACCUUCUCCAGCUGUACGCCAGCAUGCUGUUUGAGAGGCGCAUCAUCCUGUUCUCCAGCAAGCUGAGCACUCUGACAGCCUGCGUCCACGCCCUGUCCUGUGUGCUGUACCCCAUGCACUGGCAACACAUCUUUAUACCUGUCCUGCCUCCCCACCUGCUGGACUACUGCAGCGCUCCGAUGCCCUAUCUUAUAGGAGUUCACUCCAGUCUGUCUGAGAGAGUCAGAGGGGUUCUGGAAGAUGUGGUCAUCCUGAACGUCAACAGUAACACCCUGGACACACCCUUCAACGAUCUGCAGAAAAUCCCAUCUGAUGUGGUGUCGGGUCUGAAGCUACGUCUGAAGCGACAUGCCUCGUCUCCAGGGUGUGGUGUUGCUAAGGCCUUCCUCAGGGGCCAGGCUCUGCUGUUCGGAGGCUACCGGGACGCCCUGCGUCACACGGGAGGACAGCUGGCGUUUGAUGAGAACCAGUUUCUGGACCACAGGUCUCCCAGCAUGAGACACUUCCUGCACUCCGCUGUCCAUUUUCAGUUCUUCAAACAGUUUAUAGAUGGGCGCUUGGAGCUUCUAAACCAGGGCCUGGAACCAGACGACCUGUUUGAGCAAGAGAUCCAGCUGUGCGAAACACCAGCAGGAAGCACCAAGGCGCAACAGUUGGUGGGCAACUUGAAGAAGGGGGGAGGAGCUCUUAUCCUCAACGUCAAGUCAAAAGCACACAUGUACAAAACAGUAAACUUCACUAAAAGUGGCUUGAAGAAACUGUUAACACAUAAGGACCAUGGGGAGCCACACAGUCUUCAGAGGGGGGGCUCCGUGUCGGGAGCUACCAGAUUCCGUCGAAUUCAGUCAGACUGCCUGCAGAAUCGUCUGCCAAUCACACAGCACUUUGGGCAGGUAGGCCACACCCCUCCCAAUCUUACAGACAAUCCCAAUACCAUAUUCUAA